CACUUUUCUCAGCAGACCUCUCCGAGAAGAUAACUCGAGCGCACAGGCGAACACUCCACUCUGUCUUUGCAAGAGAUUCACAACAGCGGCAGCAACAGCGGCGGCGGUGACAGUAACCUGAGAGGCACGGCACCUAUACAUCUCACACUGUAACUGAGCACUCAGAGUCUUCACUGGCGACAAAGAGAAGAAUAGCUCUAUAUUUCACAGAAGUCUUGGAGGACUGCAGAAGAAAAUAUAAUUCAGCAUUGCUGAUCCGACUCGCAAAACAAGUUUGUAUUUCUCUGCCCGACUGUCCAAACUUGUAGUGCCAUAAUGUCUGAUAUAAUGCCAUACAGCGAGGGGAAGAUGGCUGGCUACGGAACUGACAGCGAAAGUCAGAUUUCCUUCAGCUGUCGGCUGCAAGACACCAAUACCUUCUUCGGGGGGUCGCAGCCCAAGAGACCGCCUAAGCUGGGACAGAUCGGCAGAGCCAAGCGAGUGGUUAUUGAAGAUGACAGAAUAGACGACGUGCUGAAGGGAAUGACAGACAAGUCCUCGCCCGGCGUGUAAGCCUCACAAACUGACAACACGUUUUUUUUUCUUAACCGAUUUGAAAGCACUUUUGGCUGUGCAUGUGUUCGUGGAUUGUAAACGGAAAGAGAAACAAAGAAAAAGAAAGGCGGAUGAAAGAGGAAAACAAAGAGGAAAGAAGAGCGAAAGCGAAAGAAGGAUUGUUGGGGUUCCUGGCAAAUCUCCAAACCAACACAGAUUUCUUCAAACCAGCACUGCGCAGAAACAAUGAUCGGGGUGUCUGAUCGGAGCGGCUCUGUCUUUCCGCCUCAGCCGAUGUGUUGCGAUGGAUGGACUUGCCAUUUCACAACCACAAUCUUUUUCUUCCGAGAAAAGCUGUAAAAAAAAGAAUAAACUGGAAGCUGAAACCAUUGUAAGAACCAUUUCAUAGCUGUACAGGUCAUGAGCUUCAAGUUCAUUUCGAUACACGCAUAACUAAGUAAGGUUCAUCAAAAUACAAAGCCGCUUUCAAAGAGAGCUGUCGAUUGCUGCACCACCGACUCCGAUUGCAUUCCGAACAGAGCGUCAUUUCUAACAUGCACAGGCAGGUCAGACGCCCGUCCAGUUCCGAUCUUGUGUGUUUUGUUAAGACCUGUAUGCACCCUUUAAAAAAGCACGCCGAGACCGUGUAUUACUAAUUGGAGCUAGCCCGUUGAGUAAAUAAUAACGAUAUUGAAAAAAAAAAAUGAUUAAAGGAGUCCAUUGUAUAGGUCAUGUAUUUAUUUAUUUAGCAGCUGUCUUUCCACCAUCAUAUUUUAUUGAACGCCAAUAAGGAGUGCUGUCGUUUUUUGUUAAAAAAUGAAAUCCGAUGUACAGAAACACCAGUAAAGCCAAAUCCUGUCCCAGAUAAAGAACUAUAGGAAGAUUUGUUUACGCAAAAAGCUAGCAGGGAUUGUAUAAAAUGAAUCAUUAAAAAAGGCAAAGAAAAAACUGAUUUUGCACAAAAUCUCUUACAUGAAUUUCCGAUCCUGGUGCCAACAGUCAUACAUACCCCCGGCACGCUUCUUUUUAACAAAACUCAUGUUUGUAUUUUUAUAUUUUAAUAUUUAAAUAGUAAAAUGAUAUGCUAGUUUAAGUCUUAUAAUCAAUUCAUCAACAGACCAUUGUAUUUGUGAUAAGGAUGUCGAGUCUGUCAGAAAUACAGUACUAAUGGAUACUCGUUGUCGUUGAAUUCAUUCUAUAUCAGUAUUGGAAAUGUGAAAACAGACUUUUUGAUUGUGUUUCGGUUUAUGCACACAUCAUUGUGAAACUAUUAUUAUUAAAUCUUAUACUGUGACUUGAGCUUUGUUGAUGGAUCUGUUAGAAAUGACCAGACAAAUUGCACUGUUUACGAGUGUGUUUGAAUAACUCGCUGGUAUUUGACACAUUUUGUGGACAUUUAAAAGCUGAUGUUUUGCUUUUUUAAUUUGAUUUCUUUUGUACUAUUCUUUUGAAGAAAAUAAAUAUAGAAAUAAAAAAAAAAAUGCAUACAUAAAUAUAUAAUGGUUUGUUGUGCAUGAAACCUUAAUAUUCUAAAAAAUAAAACAUAAUUUUAUGACUAUAAUGAAGCAAAAAAAAAAGUCAUGACAUUCUGAGAAUGAUUCAUUGUAAAUUACAAUGCCAUUUUCACUGCAUUUGGUGAAUUAA